AUGUCUCGGUCGGGAACCACCCUCUAUGUCACCGGCUUUGGCCACGGAACUCGAGCUCGCGACCUUGCCUACGAAUUCGAACGGUAUGGACGUCUGGUCCGUUGCGAUAUCCCAGCUCCUCGUACUCCUUCGAGCCGACUUUUUGCCUUUGUUGAAUAUGAGAGCCGUCGCGAUGCUGAUGAUGCUUAUCAUGAAAUGCACAAUAAGCGCAUUGGACGCGACGACCUUUUGAAGAUUGAGUGGGCACGUACCCCACCUUCCGCAUCCUGGAGAUUCGAUUCGGGACGUGACCGUCGUCGUGACCGUACACCCCCUCGUCGUGGUCGCUCCACUUCCCCUCGUCGUUACUCCCCUAGACGCGACGAUCGGUAUGAACGAGACUACGAUCGCCAUGACCGUGAUUACGACCGCCGGGACCGCGACCAUGACCGCCGGGACCGCGACCAUGAUCGACGGGACCGAGAUCGCGAACGCUCCCGUGACCGAUCACGUACCCCGGAGGAGCGAGAGCGUGAUGUCAAAGAAGAUCGUGAUAGGCGCGAGGAUGACCGGGAGCGCCGAGAGGAGGAGCGUGAGAACGGCCCGAACGGUGAAGACAGGAAAGUACCCCUGGACCCUGUCCCUUCUGCCCAUGACGAGCUUGAUACCGCUGAGUAG